AUGAAUGUUGUGAUAUUGCAUCUGAUAUGUGUUAAUGUUUAUACUCUCUCGCGCUUUUUCUCUCUCUCGCUCUUUUUCUCUCUCUCGCUCGCUCUUUUUCUAAAUGCUUUUUUUUUUUUUUCUAACUCGCUUUUUCUUCUCUUUUCUUUUUCCUCUGCUCUUUUUUCUCUUUUCCUCUUUCUCUUUUUCUCUCUUUCUCUUUUCUCUCUCUCUUUUCCUCUCUUUUUUUUUUCUCUCUCUCUUUUCUCUCUCUCUCUCUCUUUUUCUUCUCUCUCUCUUUUUCUCUCUCUCUCUUUCUUCUCUCUCUUUUCUUCUCUCUUUCUCUCUUUUUCCUCUCUUUCUCUUUUUCUCUCUCUUCUUUCUCUCUUUUCCUCUCUUUCCUCUUUUUCUCUCUUUCCUCUCUCUCUUUUUCUCUCUCUCUUUCUCUUCUCUCUCUCUUCCUUUCUCUCUCUUUCUUUUCUCUCUCUCUCUCUCUCUCUCCUCUCUCUUUUUCUCUCUUCCUUUUUUUCUCUCUCUUCUUUUUUUCUCUCUCUCUUUUUUCUCUUCCUUUUUUCUCUCUUUUUUUCUCUCUCUUUUUUUCUCUCUCUUCUUUUUCUCUCUCUCCUUUUUCUCUCUCUCUCUUUUCUCUCUCUUCUUUUUCUCUCUCUUCUUUUUCUCUCUCUCUCUUUUUCUCUCUCUCUCUCUCUUCUUUUUUCUUUUUCUCUCUCUCUCUCUCUUUUUUCUCUCUCUCUCUUCUUUUUCUCUCUCUCUCUCUCUCUCUUUUUCUCUCUCUCUCUUCCUUUUUCUCUCUCUCUCUCUUCCUUCCUCUCUCUCUCUCUCUCCUUCUCUCUCUCUCUCUCUUCCUUCCUCUCUCUCUCUUCCUUCCUCUCCUCUCUUCCUUUCUCUCUCUCUCUUCUUUCUCUCUCUCUCUUCAUUACCAUAUCAGAGGCAAUGCUUUAUUUAUGGUGCUUGACAUCAUUCAAGAGAAUCACUGACUUCUUUUCCCUUGUCUUUCUUUCUUUCUUUUUUCUUUUCCCUCGUCUUUCUUUCUUUCUUUUUUCUCUUCCCUCGUCUUUCUUUCUUUCUUUUUUCUUUCUUUCUUUCUUUCUUUUUUCUUUUUCCUCGUCUUUCUUUCUUUCUUUCUUUUUUUUCUUUUUCUUUUCUUUCUUUUCCUUUUUCUUUCCCUUCUUUCUUUCUUUCUUUUUUCUUUCCCUCGUCUUUCUUUUCUUUCUUUCUUUUUUCUUUCCCUUUUUCUUUUUUCUUUUUUUUUCUUUUCUCGUCUUUUUCUUUCUUUUUUUUUUUCUUUUCCCUCGUCUUUCUUUCUUUCUUUUUUCUUUUUUCUUUCUUUCUUUCUUUCUUUUUUCUUUUCCCUCGUCUUUCUUUCUUUCUUUCUUUUUUCUUUUCCCUCGUCUUUCUUUCUUUCUUUCUUUUUUCUUUUCCCUCGUCUUUCUUUCUUUCUUUCUUUUUUCUUUUCCCUCGUCUUUCUUUCUUUCUUUUUUUUUUUCUUUUUCCCCUCUUUCUUUCUUUCUUUCUUUUCUUUUUUCUUUCUUUCUUUCUUUCUUUUUUCUUUUCCCUCGUCUUUCUUUCUUUCUUUCUUUUUUCUUUUCCCUCAUCUUUCUUUCUUUUUUCUUUUUCCUCGUCUUUCUUUCUUUUCCUCUCUCCUCGUCUUUCUUUCUUUUCCUCUCUCCUCGUCUUUCUUUCUUUUCCUCUCUCCUCGUCUUUCUUUCUUUUCCUCUCUCCUCGUCUUUCUUUCUUUUCCUCUCUCCUCGUCUUUCUUUCUUUUCCUCUCUCCUCGUCUUUCUUUCUUUUCCUCUCUCCUCGUCUUUACUCUUGGCUGUACUUGUACGCAAUGGCCAGGUGAUCAACUUGACUAAACCACAUACUCCAGAAAGAGAAGAUGAGAAACGUAGGAUUGAGGAUCUUGGGGGUAUUGUGUUGUUGGUGAAUGGAGUGAGUCGGGUUAAUGGCAACAUUUCUGUAUCAAGAGCAAUUGGUGAUGCCAGUCAGAAGCCAUGCAUAAGCAGCGAUGCAGAUGUUGUUUCAUUUGAACUUGAUGGUUCUGAAGAUUACAUGGUACUAGCCUGUGACGGUGCCUGGGACUGUAUUUGCAAAGAGAACCUUCCCCAUAUCAUUUAUGACCAUGUGCAAAAGAACAAUGGUCAGUGCUCAACUGUGGCUGAACUGCUGGUCAAAUUUGCCAGUGAGAAUGGUUCUACAGACAACAUCUCGGUGAUUGUGGUUUUUUUCAAAGAGAUUUUACCUGAGCCCAAGCUGGGACGGCAUGAAAUAAUCAAAGAAAAUGGAGAGAAUAAGAAGCAUGACCAUAAUCCCAACAGGAAUUCCGGUGGUGAUGCAUCUUCCUCCUCUCAGGGUAGAAAUCUCGGUGACCUGAACAGUGGUUUCAGAAAGCCGGAUAAGGGUUCAAAAUUCUGUGGCAGUGAGAAGCUGAUACCUUGCUUUGGUGGCGGUCAAACUAGUGAAGUCCAGAUUCCAGAAGCUACAGUGCCUACAAGCUGUAAAUCCAAAAAUGAUAUCCUACCCACGAAUGCGAAAAAGUCUGAAAUGCAACAAGGAUAUUAUUCUUUUUCCACAUCUAAAUCAAACUGUUCAAAACUUUUGGAGAGCAAGAUUUCAGAAGUACAAACAGAAUUGAUGCACUGGUUUAUGCCUGAAGCUUUGAAACGCCACUGGACACAGUUGGGUGGUCGAGGUUUUAUCGAUAGUCCAAUCUGUGGUCAGCUUACAUGUGUGUGCCUGCAGAAUAUUUGUAAAGCCGUGUUGUCAUCUAAAAUUGUCGGAGCCUCUGAAUGCUAUUUGUGUGAAUUGGGGACGGUUCAUUGGCCAGCCUUUGAUGCUGAGGGUCUUCAAAGGGCUUUUUGUUCGUUAUCAUCAUCCUCACAAUUGUUAGACUCCUCUUUCUCAACUCCUACCUCAGUUCACGCUUUCAUCUCAUCAGACGUGACCAUGGUUUCCACCUCCAACCCGUUCUCAUCGUCAUUUCUUCUUCGAUUAUGUCCCAGGCAUCUGAUCUUAUCAUCCGCCUGUCAUUCAUCUCUCAUCUCCAAGUUAGCAGCCUGCUCCAGUGUUUUCUCAGCAUGGUGCCUACUUCAUCACCCACACAGUGUGCCCAACAACUUUGCAUCUGGCCCAUGGGCUGAUACUGUGGGGUCGACAUGUCCAGUCAUGCUUAGUGCCACAUCAUGA